AUGACAGAACACAUAACUCUUGAUCAGAUUCCAUCGCUCCAUAGCCCCAGUCUGACCGAAAACACUGCGCCCAUCCCAAUUGAACAAGAUGCUGCCGCCGAGCCAGAUAAUCAUGCGGCGGAAGCCCAAUAUCCAACAGGCCUCAAGCUAUGGCUAAUCAUGCUUUCCGUCGCUGCCGUUCUUGUCCUCAGCAGCAUAGACAUGAACAUAGUCGCGACCGCAGUCCCAAGCAUCACAGACCACUUUCACACGGUAGCCCACGUCGGGUGGUACUCAUCUGCCUUCAGACUCUGCGUAUGCGCCUUUCAAUUUGUCUUUGGAAAGGCAUACAAGCUCUUCUCUACAAAGCGCGUCUUUCUCCUUGCCAACGCCAUUUCGAUUGCUGGCUCUUUGCUCUCCGGCGCUGCUACCACGUCCACUAUGCUAGUCGCUGGAAGAGCUGUUGCUGGACUCGGAUCCGCUGGUUUAUUCGCUGGGUGCUUUAUCAUUGUCGUGCAAACAACACCACUUCGUCGACGGCCGAUGUUUCUUGGGGUCAUGGGUGCUGUUGAAGGACUGGCUACUAUUGCAGCGCCUCUACUCGGCGGCGCCCUUCAAACUCUGAGCUGGCGUUGGUGCUUUUAUAUCAGUGCCCCAACUGGACUUCUCACAUUUCUUCUCAUUAUGUUGUGCCUCACGGAUAGUGCAGAAUCUUAUGAAACUGCGCGCAUGACGCUUAAAGAAAAGGUGAUCCAGCUUGACCUCUUGAGCAAUAUGCUUCUUCUCCCUGCACUGACCAGCCUCUUCCUCGCCUUUUCGUGGGCUGGUACAAAGUACUCCUGGCACAGCGGCCAAGUGAUUGGUCCUCUGGCCACAUUCGCCGUCCUUCUUGUGGCAUUCAUACUACAACAGAUCCGUCGAGGCGAUGCAUCUGCUCUUCCUCCCCGUCUGAUGAAACAUCGCAGCGUGAUCGCUGGCUUCAUCUUCAUAUUCUGCGUCAACAGCACAGGUGUGGUACUUGAAUAUUACCUACCUACAUACUACCAGCUAGUUCGUGGAUACACACCUGUUAAAAGUGGCUACAUGAUGCUUCCCAUAAUCAUCGCUGCAACCAUCGGCUCGCUCAUUCAUGGUGCUGCCACAAGUGCGUUUGGAUACUAUACUCCCUUUAUGCUGUUCGCCUCCAUAAUCAUGCCAGUUGCUGCAGGCCUAAUCACCACAUUCAAGAUUGAUACCAGCUUCGAGCGUCUCAUCUUGUACACUGGAUUGUCUGGCUUAGCUUACGGGAUAGGAUUUAUUGGGCCCCAAACAGCUGUCCAGACAGUGCUACCCGAAGAAGACGUCCCCCUUGGCUUGUCGGUCAUGCUCUUUGCGCAAUCGUUUGGUCCAGCUGUGGCUGUCCCUAUAGCGCAAGUACUAUUUACAAACCGAUUGUCGGUUAACCUUGAAUCCCUCAUACCGGGCAUGAACCAAACGAAUAUCAGCAAUAGUGGACUCACGGAAAUGGUGGCGAGUGUUCCGCCGUCUAAGUCAAGAGAUGUACUUGUGGCGAUUGAUAAGAGUCUUGGACAGACAUGGUAUUUGGUCGUUGGACUUGCUUCAACGGCUAUAGUUGGAAGUUUGAUGACCGAGUGGCGAUCGGUAAAACAAAAGCGUGAAUGA